AGUUCUUCUGGGGAUAUGGGUUUUUCCACACCAACCAAUCCCUCUAUUAAUGUUCAGUCCUUUUUCAUCUGUGCAACUGAAAACCCCCCAAGACGCUGAACCGUCUAAUUUCCUGAUUCAUUAUUCGGAAUUCCAUUUUUAAUGGAUCGUCCCCCAAGGAACCACUACAAGUCUUGUCUCUUUCCCUCUCUGCUUUCUAUUCUGAUUUCUGAAGAAACUCUGAAUUAUCUCUCUCUCUCUCUCUCUCUCUCUCUUUCUUUCUCUCUAAAAGUCUAUGAUGCAAUUCAGUGAAUCACCAUCACUUCCAUUGCACCAUGCAAUUAAUCCAUAUUCAAAUGUGACCAUGAGCAAGAACCCAUUUCACAUGACCAGGUCUUUGCCUGGUUUCCCCACACAGAAGGCAUUUGGGAGCUUCGGUGAUGCCAAUUGCAUGGAGCAGUUGCUGGUACACUGUGCAAAUGCAAUUGAGAGCAACGACGCAACUCUAUCCCAACAGAUCCUUUGGGUACUCAACAACAUCGCAACUCCUGAUGGCGACUCUAACCAGCGUCUCACUUCCAGCUUCCUUCGAGCUUUGAUAGCCCGUGCAGCAAGGACUGGUAGCUGCAAGAUGCUCACCGCAAUGGCUCAAUCAAACGCCAAUCUAGCUCUCCAAACCCAUAAAUUCUCAGUAGUUGAACUGGCCAGCUUUGUCGACCUCACGCCUUGGCAUCGGUUUGGCUUCACAGCUGCCAAUGCCGUCAUAUCUGAAGCCAUUGAAGGCUUCUCCGUCGUCCACAUAGUUGAUCUAAGCUCUACCCAUUGCAUGCAAAUCCCUACACUGAUCGAUCUCAUCGCGAACCGCCCUGAAGGCCCGCCGCCUUUCAUCAAGCUUACAGUCGCCGGAGCCACCGCCGAUGUCCCACCCGUACUCGACCUCUCUUACGAAGAAUUAGGCUCGAAGCUGAUGAAAUUUGCAAGAUCUCGCAAUGUAGGGUUGGAAUUUAGGGUUAUUCCUUCAAGUUGGUCGGAUGGCUAUGCCUCCCUCAUCAAUCAAUUGGUAGGAGGAGGAGGAGGAGGAGGAGAAGGUGAAGCUCUCAUCGUAAACUGCCAUAUGAUGCUUCAUUCCAUACCAGAAGAGACCCUCUGCACAGCCACAUCAUCGGUGUCCCUUCGGAAUUUGUUUCUUAAAGCUCUUCGAGGAUUAGAACCCACGAUUGUUGUUGUGGUAGAUGAAGAUGCAGACUUCACAUCUACUAAUUUGGUGUGUAGAUUGAAAUCUGCUUUUAAUUACCUUUGGAUACCUUAUGAUACGGUGGAUACAUUCCUACCCAGAGGAAGUAAUCAGAGGCAAUGGUAUGAAGGUGAUAUAUAUUGGAAGAUAGAGAAUGUGAUAGCUCAAGAGGGUUUGCAGAGAGUAGAGAGGCUUGAACCCAAGAGCAGAUGGGUUCAGAGGAUGAGGAAUGCAGAAUUCAGGGGAGUUUCAUUUAGUGAAGAAGCAGUUUCAGAGGUGAAGAACAUGCUUGAUGAGCACGCAGCUGGGUGGGGAUUGAAGAAGGAAGAAGAUGAUCUGGUGCUUACAUGGAAAGGACACAAUGUGGUGUUUGCUACUGCUUGGGUACCUGCCUAGCUAACUAGAAAGUAGAAACUUCACCUUCUUCUUCUUCUUCUUCUUUUUAAUUUUGAUUGUUCCAGUCUUCUAGCUAGACAAGAUUCUUCAACAUUCUGUCCUCCAUGACUGGAUGAGAUGAGGAGCUUGUACUUUUUGAGGGUGUUGUGAUGUGAGUUCUUCUAUUAGCCAUAAAGUUAACAACAUAUUAAUCUGUUUCUGCUAUUCAAA